AUGGCAUGGGGUAUCAAGGUAAAGCGAGACUCACUCGCUGAUUUCCAUGAAGCAAGCAAAUUUGAGUCUGAACUCACAGAGCGAGAGUCAAACCAGCAGCAUGCAGAAUACAUGACAUGCAUUGCUACACAUAGACAGCGUGAGGCAAAUAAGCAUGAAUGCAGAAUGCUCAAGUUACAAAUCUGCCAACUAGAGCUGCAGCAACAGCAGCAAUUGGAUGUGCACCAGGCACAGCAGCAGUUGGAGUUGCAAGAGGCACAGCGGAACCCUUUCAUGCCAACUGGAUUUCCACUCACACCCCCAACGUUACUUGCCACACCACAAAUAGACCUUGGCGAAAACCUCCUUGGACUUGACUUGGCACCUAAUCAAUUCUAG